AUGUCGCUGGCUACCGCUGGCAUUGAUUGGGCACGCAGUGUGGACGCAGCCAUGGACCAACGCAGCCAAGCUUACCAGGCUGGGCCAGCGACUCGACCAAUAUGUGGAAGCAGGACUGAAAUUUUUAAACAGGUGCGUUUGGAAUGUGUGGUGAGUUUAUUAAAGGCAGCUGUGGCUCCACUCAGCUCAUUCAUAAUGGAGGCACUUGCUCUGAAUCACCCUUUAACGGCCGCCAUUCGCCAACAACUGCAACUGGUUCCAAGCAAAAUGGUGCUGAAAAGUAUCAAUUCAAUGAAACCUACAACACCGACCAUGUAAGUAGAAAAAUCACAGUCAAUUAAAUACAGUUGAU